AUGCCGCUAUCCUUCGCCGACAUUGGAGUUGGUUUGAUUGCGAAUACUAUUUUCGUAGUCGAAUUAGCAAGUCAGAUAGCUGGAAAUAUCGAUUGUUUCUUGCACCUAGUUGGAAACAGAUCCAGCAUUGUCCUGACCAGCAUUUCCUUAUUAACAGUUACUGCAAUAAAUAUCGAGAGAUAUUUUGGCGUAAUUCAUCCGUUCUUGCACAGAACUAAAGUAACAACUGGUAAACUUUUGACUUUCGUCAUCUUGAGCUGGUCAACAUGUGGGGUGGUGUUGGGAGUGUCGUUUUUCGCUCAUCGUCCUUUAACUAUCUUUGGUGCUGUCGUUAAGUUGGCCUUUGUUGCCUUCACAGUAUUUGUGUACGGAAAAAUUGCAUUGAUUGUCUUUUCCGCGAAGAAACAAAGCAAUUCCUUCUCUAGAGCUUCAAUCCUGAAAAGUUAUUCCGACGAAUCUACAGAAACAGACUCGGCACCCUCAUCGAUUGAAAAGCGAAAAGGUAAACUUCAUUUCCUGGCAGAACUGAAGCUAGCCAAAUCUUGCUUCUACAUUGUCAUUUGUUACGUGGUGUGCUACUCACCUGCGGCUGUGUUGCUGGGCGCUAUGAGGGAAUCGUUCCAAGGGUAUGAUCGUAUCUUAGCUGUGAUAUGGUGUACUACUUUGUCGAUGCUGAAUUCAACUCUUAACUCCGUGAUAUUUUUCUGGCGCAGUCGUCAAAUGAGAAAAGAAAUGAUGUAUGCCUUCAAAAUUAAACAACGAAGACGAAGGAAUGAUGAGAAAAGCCCGAAUAAAUUAAGCUAA